AAUUUGAUUACAUUCUGAUUGGCUUCCGGUUUGUUUUCUAUUUAACAGAGAACAAAGAGUACCAUUGGACAACACUAGGAAAAUUAUAGCUUCUCUAUUUGUUCAUUUAACCUCUUAGCUAAAAUAUAUUGCCUCCACCUCUUCUUCUGCUUUCAAAUAAAAGUGAAACAUGGUCACACAAAAUUUGUCGACGGCUAUGAAUGCCAAAAUCUUGGGAUCAGGUCAAGAAACACUAGUUUUGGCACAUGGGUUCGGAGCAGACCAGUCCAUUUGGGACAAAAUAUUGCCUUAUUUGGCUGAUCGUUACCAAGUUGUAGUCUUCGACUGGUGUUUUUCUGGCGCGGUGAAAGAUCCCGGCCUCUAUGAUGCUGCCAAAUAUUCUACUUAUGAUGCUUUUGCUGAUGACUUAAUUUGUCUUUUGGAAGAGAUGAAGGUGAAUUUCUCAGUGUUUGUUGGACACUCCAUGUCUGGUAUGAUCGGAUGCAUUGCUUCAAUAAAAAGACCUGAUCUCUUCCACAAGCUCAUACUAGUUGCAACUUCUCCUAGGUAAAUGGUUUAAAUUAUAUAAUUUCCCAUAAAUGGAUAGUUGUUAAGGAUAUCAGAUUUUAUGCUCUUAUGGUAAUAUUAGUA